UUGUGAUUUCCCGCCUAUUUGUACAUUAGCCUGCAUUUUGCGGUGGAAGGUUAAAUAAUGCUGUUCGGCAAAAUAGUUGUCAUCAAACGAAAUGGUACAGAUGGUGCCCACUUUCCACUCACAGCUACAUCCUGUUUGUUUGGAAGGAGUAACGAGUGUGAUAUCCGGAUCCAGUUACCCACAGUCUCCAAGGAACAUUGCCGUAUGGAUGUCAAUAGUGAUGCACAGGUGUUUGUGACAAACCUAAGUCAGACGAAUCCAACUCAGGUGAAUGGAAAAGCGAUCUUGGCUGUUGUUCAAGUAAAGCACUGUGACGUUUUCACCAUCAGUGACCGAUCUUUCCGCUUUGAGUUCGCUCCUGACUCAAAACACCAUCCGAGAAAUAAUACACCACAGAGAGAGAAAAAGAUUCCUAAUAAAAUUCUGUCUCCAAAGUCCAAGCCACCUACUCCCUCUUCGGCAAAACAACCUCCACUGACCCCACGCUCGGACAACAAGCCGGUCAAAUCACCUAAGGCUAAGACUCCAGUGAAAGUGUCGCCAUUGUCAGAUGUGAAAAAGAAAAAAUCGCCAUCUACAGCCAGCCCUACUGCUUCAGCCAAGACAUCGUUAUUGAAAGAAAAUGCGCCAGUCUCGACGCCAAAACGUUCUGCGUCACCCAAGCUGUCAGGCGCUGCUGCUCUUGCAUCCGGUGCCAGAAAAACGAUACCCACUUCACGUGCUAGUAUGCCGUUAGGAAGCCCGUAUCAUCCACCAUCUAAGGCGAAGCUGAGAAAUAGUAUUUCUGAACUGCGCCGACGAUCACAGCCCGUUACAGAGACUGCUGGUGAAGCAAAAACUCCAACACCAGCAAAACAAAAAUCUCCAUCGCGAAAAACUGGUGGAACUCCAUCUUCUGGGUCGGGGAAAAAGAGAAAGGCGACUAGCUACGAUCUCCCAAGCUCCAAAAGGAAGAGAGUUUCCUUUGGUCCGAGUCUGACGCCAGAGCAGUUCGACAAAACGCUACCCCCAGCCACGCCCGUAAGGAAAGGAUCUGCUCCAAGAAGAACUUCAGAACCAGUUAUCACUGAAGAAUCUGCCUCACAGUCUCCGGCUAAACGCAGAUCAGUGACGGCGAAAGUUAACUCAACAAUAUUGGAAGAAAGUCCACAAGCUGUUACAAAACAGGCAAAGUCGUCACCAAAAAUACCCAGAUCUCGUAGCUCUUCUCCGAAAGGUAGCAGAACACCAGCAAAGGUUAAAUCACCAGCAAGAACUCCGAAAGCUUCCCCAGUUCACACUUCCAAAUCGCCACAAAGAACUCCUAGGGCAGGUUCCUUACUGACUUCUAGAUCGGCAAAACGGUCUGAGUCAAAAUCCCCAGCCAGAUCAAUACCGAUGCCACAGGCCACUUCCAAAUUAGCUAGCCCUAAAAUGACGAUGGCUAAAUCCACCUCAGGAACUCCCAAGUCAACGACACCUCCAAAAACGCCCAAAUUAAAGUCACCUGCUACAACUCCAAAGAGGAUGACAUCACCGGCUAAGACUCCAGUAUCUCCUGCUACAACACCCAAGAGUACAAACAUGUCUGCCAGCAAAUCAACGGUACAAACACUAACAGCCCCUUUAAAGUCACCUGGCAGAACUUCCAAAAGUACUUCUAAGUCACCAUCAGUAAUCUCUAGGACAGCAAGAUCACCUGUUGCCACAAAAAGCCCCAAGACUGCAAGUUCACCUGUACGAACACCCAGGUCUUCUAAAUCACCUGUACGAACACCCAGGUCUUCUAAAUCACCUGUUCCGAAGACAGCAAGAACUCUCAAGACUGCUGAAUCACCGGCAAGAACUCCCAAGACUGCUGAAUCACCGGCAAGAACUCUCAAGACUGCUGAAUCACCGGCAAGAACUCCCAAGACUGCUGAAUCACCGGCAAGAACUCUCAAGACUGCUGAAUCACCGGCAAGAUCUCCUAUGAUGACUAAAUCACCGGCAAGAUCUCCUGUGAUGGCUAAAUUGCCGGCAAGAUCUCCUGUGAUGGGAAAAUCACCGGCAAGAUCUCCUGUGAUGGGAAAAUCACCGGCAAGAUCUCCUAAAAUGGCUAAAUCACUGGCAAGAUCUCCUAUGAUGGCUAAAUCACCAGCAAAAUCUCCUAUGGUGACAAAAUUACCUGCUGAUAACUCCACUGUUUCAUCUCUACAAACAUCUGCUAUCAUUACAAAAGUACCUGCAAUAAGCCCCAAGGUGGCAAAAUCACCUGUAAGAACACCCAAGAUGAUAAAAUCACCGGCAAGAUCUCUGAAGAUUGCAAAAUCACCUGUAGGAACUCUGAAGAUGGCAAGAUCUCCAAAGGUGGCAAAAUCGCCUAUAGGAACUCCGAAGAUGACAAAAUCACCGGCAAGAUCUUCAAAGGUGGCAAAAUCACCUAUAGGAACACCCAAGAUGACAAAAUCACUGGCAAGAUCUCCAAAGGUGGCAAAAUCACCUAUAAGAACUCCGAAGAUGGCAGGAUCUCCAAAGGUGGCAAAAUUGCCUAUAGGAACUCUGAAGAUGGCAAGAUCACCUAUAGGAACUCCAAAGAUGACAAAAUCACCUGUAAGAACACCCAAGGUGGCAAGAUCACCUAUAGGAACUCCGAAGAUGGCAGAAUCUCCAAAGGUGGCAAAAUCACCUAUAGGAACUCAGAAUGUGGCAAAAUCACCUGUAGGAACUCUGAAGAUGGCAAUAUCACCGGCAAGAUCUCCAAAGAUGGUAAAAUCACCGGCAAGAUCUCCGAAGGUGACAAAAUCACCUAUAGGAACUCCGAAGAUGGCAAAAUCAUUGCCAAGAUCUCCGAAGGUGACAAAAUCACCUAUAGGAAGUCCAAAGAUGGCAAAAUCAUUGCCAAGAUCUCUGACGAUAAAAUCACCAGCAAGAUCUCCGAAGAUGACAAAAUCACCUCUAACUCCUAAGGCUGUAAAAUCACCUGCAAGAACUCCCAAGAUGACAGAAAUACCAAUUACUUUCACACUACUGACUCCAACAAAUGCUUCAGAAUCAUCUGCAAGAGAUAAAGCAAUUUCAUCAUCACUUAUAAAAUCAGCCAAGACUAUUUCAUCUCCAAUAACUUUCAGAAUAAAAUCACCUGCAAGAACUCCAAAGCCAAUAAAAUCUCCAAAAUCAAUGGUAAGGGCUGCAAAAUCACCGGCUAGAACUAAAGUUGGGAAAUCUCCCAAAUCGACUGCAAAGACAACAAAAUCACCUGCUAAAGCCCCCAUGGUUGAAAGAUCUCUAAAGGCAGCAAAAACUCCAUUGUCAACUGCAAAGGCUGAAAAAUCACCUGUAGCAACUCCCAAGGUUGGAAAAACAUCUUCCACACAGUCGGCAAAAAAAAGGAAGAUUGCAACACCAAAAUCACUUAAACAUUUUGUGGCAAAAGUUGGCACACCACAGAUGCCAAGUGCAAAGAAGAUGAAGAUGUCGGAUUCAGUAGAAAAAGUAGUAAGUCCUCCAGCCGAUGUGAACAAAAUGGUGGCUUUAAGAGCCAUUCAUACACCCAGGUUACAUUCCAUCACCAAGAAGACCCCAGCACGCCAUGGUUCCAGCAGAAAAAUGCCACGCAAGACUCCCUCGAAAUUGUCCAAAAAAUUGUGGUCUGACAUAGUGAAGUCCGGAGUAGCAGUUGAAGGGAUCGCUAGAAAAACACGUACUGUGCGGCCUGCUAAGAUUGUAAAAAAGGUUACUAAGCAGACCGUUGUCAAGACGAUGAAGACUCCACGGACUAUAGCUGGUGCCAGGACUGUGAAAACACCACGCGCUGUCGCACGGGCGCGCGCUCCCACUACUGGACAUGUGCACUCUCCUGCAACACUGUUGGUCGGCAGGAUGCUGACAGCACGUGUGAAAACGCCAAAACCCUUGCCCAAGAAGGGUCGCAAAACUAACAUCAAGGUGGCUCGCUUAUCACAAGGUAAAGCAUGUUAUGAUGGAUUGGCAGAAAUGUUUAAAACACCAUCACCUAAAAAGAUGGAAACUCCAAAAUGGCGUGGUAGCACGAAGAAACAACGGGCGAGUCCAUCUGUAUCAACUCAUAGACCGAGCAUGGAUGCCACACCACAUUCUCUGUAUGCUGACAUUCCAGACACCCCAAAUGGACCAGGGGAGAUGUUCGUGUCUCCACUCUCAUCAAACAGGAAGAUGAAGGAGCCGAACAAGACACCCAGUUUCAUUGGUGUGAAGAAUCUGUACCAAGGUGCUAAGACGGGGAACAAAACACCCAGUUUCAUUGGCGUAAAGAAUUUGUACAAAAAGGUGGGGACAAAUUCUGACAUCAAUGUGACAGGCAUGAAAAGGAUUUUUGCAACACCCAAGACAAAAUCUGCUGCCAAGGAUGUUAGUUACGAAGGUGUGAAACGGCUAAUGGCGUCCCCUCGAGUGAAGAAAGCCCCUGGUACUCCGUCUGGGUUGGAGGAUAUCUUCAAAACACCAACUGCUGUCUCGUUGAAGAAAGAACAGCAGAAAACAAAAACACCAAGGAAACGACAAACGGAACAGUCCACUGAAUUGUCAGUGACAAAGAAAAGCAAAAUUGGUGUAACAUGUGCCAUAUCCGAAGCCACUGUUUUAAUGAGCCCUGUCAUAAGAUCUGUGAAGAAAACAAGAGGUCGUAAGGCUCAAAGUCCAAAGGCUGAACAAGCAACACCAAGAGGGCGCAAAGCAAGCACCAGAGUUAAAGACGUCCAUGAAUCUCCCGUGAAACUAACGGAGGCUGCCGUGUCGAGAGGACGCAGAGGAAAAACGGCUCACACUGAGCUGAAGGGCAAAAAAACUGUUGUGAAGAUGACAACACCAAAAAUCCAGCGCACAAGGAAAGGUAAACCCUUGUCAAGGGACCGCACUUCACCAAUGAAAGUAAAGACACCAGAGAAGAAAGCUAGUACCCGGAAAGGAAAAACAGUUAAAGCUGUAUCAGACAUUCCUGUAGAUGGGGGAAGUGCCUGCGAAGAGAUGGAGAAAGUAAUGAAACGACGUGUUCGGAGGGGGGAGGCAACUCUUGGUGCUCCAUCUCCUGUGACUAAGCUACCUUCAAAACACCCAGCUCCCAUGGCCCAGGUAUCUGUGGCUAAACCUGCCUCACCGGAGAAGAAGGCCGCAACACCUAGAGGACGGGCGAGAAGAGGCCAGGCUCACACUUCGCCAUUAAAGAAACUCACAACCCCGAAACGCUCGCGAGGACGGGACCGCGUAACACCCAUCAACGUGAGCCCUGCAGGCAAAUCAAUUUUCUCACCAGAAAAGAAAGUUGCCACACCAAAACGACAUACUAGAAGAGGAAAAAUAGCAGAUGUUAAAGUAGCGGAAGAGGAAAUGUCACCAAAGCCAGUUGGUAAGAGAAGUAAAGUGUCUGUUAAGAAAUCUUCUGGAGUGAAAGCCAGGAAAACUCCAGUGAAGAAUCUGUCAAAGAACAAGUCAACUAUUAAGGAAUCUGCUGUAGUACAGGAUGCACCUAUUGUGGAAAGGUCUCCUAAAGUGAAAGCAGCAACUCCAAAAGAAUGUAUUACAAGAGGUAAAGUGGGUAGAAAGACUCCAGAGAAGGCUGAAAAAAUACCUGUCAUCAAAACAGCCACCCCAAAGAGCAGGAGAGGUAAAACAACUGUUGCGAAGGUUGAGAAAACAGAUAUUGGUGUACAGGCAAAAUGCAGUCAGAAACGAGAACAAGGCAGUGACAAAGCAUCGCCUGUGAAAACGAGAACCAAGAGAGUUGUGGCUGUCAAGAGUCCUGCUGCUAAAACGCCAGUUAAAAAUGUGAAAAGACCAGCAGACACUCCACUAGAAGAGGUAACUCCUAAGAAGAGCAAAACGAGAGGACACACAAAGCUGAAAACUCCACUGAAAUCAAACUCAAGGAAGAGUCCUAAACGAAAAGCUCUGCUUUCUAUAACUCCCAUCAAAAUAGUAGCUGAUGCUAAACAGAGUGGUAAAGAUGUGGGAAAACCAACGAGGGGCAAUCGUAGUGCUAAAUCACAGUCCCCUGUUAAAAAACAGGUCAGUCCGGUUAAAAAGACUUCUGUAAAACAAGUGUCAAAAACAAACAAGUCGAAGAAAGUUGCCACUCCAGCAAAGAGAGUAACUCGAAGUAGGCGAUAAAUAGAACAUUUUUCAAACAACAACUUGAACCACUAAGGAACAGAAUAAUUUGGAAUAAAAGUGCUCUUCGCAUUGUUAAACAAAUUCAAAACUUUACAUUGUUUACAAGCAAUAUAUAUUAGAAUCUGGAUUCUACAUUGACUAAAUAUAAGACUGUAAACCUUGGAAUGAACACUGUGGGUUUGACUGAGACCCCAGUAUAUUUAUUUAGAUGACACUUUCAUCAUUUUUAGGGCAAUUCAUCAAAAUGAGCUGAAGACCUAUGACAGACGACGACUGACGGAAAAGACAAUUUCAUUUGACGAAUUGCUAUUAAAUGAUUGACAUUGUAUCUAACAGGUAGUUUUAGGUUUCAUAUCAGACACAUUUGGUGCAUUUUCUCAAUGUAUGUUUAUCGUGUAAUGUGCAUUUUGUUUUGGGAAUCAUCCAGGAUCGUAGCUAUUCAUUCAUACUUGUUUUCAUAAUGAGGGUUUCGUUUUCUUUUUUCUUUUUAAAAUCCACCAGUUAAAACAAAACAUAUUUACGUUUUAUUGUAUUUAUACAUUGUUAUUUUCUAAUGACAAAUUGUAUUUUUAAAAGAGGAAAUGGUUGUCUCCCCAGCAGUGUAAUUAGUGUUGUAGCCACUGCAUGUAGACUGGUACUGGUUCGUCACCUAGCUAAACAAGUACCAGUACAGCAGCUGGGCUUGCUAAACAGUGGCUUUAAUAUCGGCAAGCAGCAUCAUGCUUAUAUUUGAAUUUCACAAAUUGAUGUGCAUGAUAAAAUUGGUAUGCAUACAAUUUGACAACAUUAUGUAAUGUGUUGUAUUUCUCUUUUUUAGAUGACCAUAACAAUUGUACAUGUGUGUGUAUUGUUUUUACAUGGGUCUAUUGUAAAUACACUGUAUUUUAUUCAGUGGUCCUGUUAUGAAUUGGAACUUGUAAAACAUUGUUCAUUUAGGUUUUUUAAACUUUUCUCAGAACAUAAUGUAUUCACUUUGUUGUUUCAUCCAUGGUAAAGUUUUCAUUGUUGCAGUGUAGACUUGUGGUAUUUAUCUCUGCAGUAGUUGGAUCACUCGAGGGUGGAAACUCUGAUGAUGUUGGGCAGUGACAUUAGGAACAUUUCUUCAGCAAUUGUCAUCACAUGAAUAAGAAGGCAGUGAAAUAUCUCUCCCCCUCAUCCCACCCUGAAUGCAGCAUUAGAGAAGCAGUAUUGUACUAAUAAACAAUGAUCUUAACUUUGUUUUUGACACAAUUUAACUGUUAAUAAACUCAUGUAUUAGAAAUAUAUUCAGCAUACUUCACUGGCAGCAUUUUGGUGAUGGACAUGUAUUCAAAAAGCUAGUUUAUUCAAAAUUGAUUGAUUAUGGAACAUCUCUCUCUCUCUCUCUCUCUCUCUCUCUCUCUCUCUCUCUCUCUCUCUCUCUCUCAAUACCCUAAUACUAGAAUUUAAAAUGGCAGCAAAUGAUGUUUAAUAUGGCACUGACUCAUAUUUUUAGUUAAAUUUUGUCAGAUUCAUUGCAAUUUUAUAAAAACUAAAUUUUAGUCAAUGUUGUUGAAGGUGAAGAAUGUUUUAUUAUCAAUUAAAACUUUAAUAUGUCAUUAAUUUUUAAUAGUCAUAGUUUUUAAAUACUUUUUAGUUUUAGAAAAUACAUUAUUAGCAUUUUGACUAUGUAUAGGCAGCAAGACCGUUAUAGAGUGAUCUUUACUGCAGGAAUAGGAGUACUUGAUUGUAUUAUUUGAUCUCAAAAUUCUCUUUUCACUGACAUUUUGAGGGUAAAACAUUUGUAUUAGGUUUCUCUUUUUUUCUCUAUACCCCCAAAUGCUUUUUUUAUUUAUUAAUAUGUAGGUGAAAAGAAUUGAGAAAAAAAAGUGGCCGACCAACCUGACCCAAUUGUUUCAGUCCCUUACCGGUCUAAUCAGAGGGGACUUCCUUUUGUUUCCGUCUGUCCGCACUUUGUGAUUUUUCGCAAUGAAAUUAUGUGUAUAGCCUUAUGUACAGUUACAAAUAAAGUUUGAUGAUGAUUUACACAUUUGUGACAGAAUUAUGGCCCCAUGAACUUAGGAGAUAUGAAAAUUUGUCGGGCCCGGUAGGGGACAUGUAUUGCUUAAGCAGUGAUCUUAAAAUGAUAGUUUGGGGUGGGAUUUUUUUUUUUUUUUUUUUUUUUUCACGUUUAUGGAAACAGUUGUUGUUGUUGUUGGGGGGGGGGGGUAUUAAAAAUAAGUUCAAAUGUUUUGAGAUUUGAAGAUGAACUUGGUAUUGUAGAAUGUAAUGUUUUAUGAGAUUGACCUACAUGUUAAUGUUAUGGCAUAAUUAUAUUUUUUUCAAGAGUUGAUUUCAAGACACCCCUACUCAUUUUUAUUUAUUUAAAAAAAAAAAAAAAUGUAAUUGAAUGUGUAUUUGUCAUUUUGUAUAUACUUAAAUACUUUUGUAGGUUGUUGUUUUGUGUCUUGGUAUGAACAACUACACGUACUGUAUAUGUCACCUCAUAUGGACAGUAUUUCUUCUAUUCAGAAGGAAUGUCAGAAAAGGUUCAUCGAUACUCUUUGAUUUUUGGCAUUCCACGGGUUUCACUUUGUUCACAGGUGUGCCUACACAUCACUUCCAAGGACUAGGAUAAAAAAAAAAAAUUGAAUUUUGCCCAACAUUAAAUGACAAAAAGUUUGUGUUUCUCUUUACCAAGUAAGCAAAAUCACCUGUUGAUCAAAUGCCACUUGUCUUGUUGGAUUAGUAUUUUAUUACCUUAUCUAUGUAUUGUUGAAAUACUUUGUGUGUUUAUGUAAAUAAGUUGCAUGUACACAUAUUUGUAUGUAGCCAUUUGUGAAUGUAAUCUUUGUAACAAACACUGAUAGUAAACUAACUUAGCUGCAUUAAAAAGACUAUAUUGUACCCAUCUCACUGAUAAUAAUAUUGUUGGUAGGAAAUGUAGAAUUAAGUUUUUUUUUUUUUUUUUUGUGGUGGUAAUACAUGAGGUUUUAGCAAGGGUGUUCUUUGGAGGGGUCGACUUUGUAAUUUACUUACUCGGGUACCGUUGUGUUCACGUUGUCUUAAACAUUUAUUUUAUUACUUUUAACUAUUCAUUUUUGACUAAAAUUAAAACAAAUACAAAUUUGACAGGAAUGUAAGCAAAAAGGCCUAAUGAAAUGAUAUGGGAUUCUGUUGUCUUCAGAAAAAAAUGUAAAAGUUUGUGACUGAACUCAACAAACAUACAUAUUAUUUAAUUUUCAUUUAAAGUGUUUUGUAUGAGCUCAUUGUGUUUAAUGUCUACUUUUUAUAUUUAUUUAUAACAAAAGCUCAAUUUACAGUGCUAUCUGCAGUACUGUGUUCUUGUAAUAUGGUGGAGAUUUUUUUUAAAUGAUACAAAAUGUACUUUUAGAUCAAUAAUUGCUCUAUGUUAUAGCACUAUUUUUAGACAGACUGACCUGUUAUAACCACCAUUAGAUUUGGCUUAUACUAUAACAAUAAAUCAACUUCAGAACGCUU